GUUUAACUCGCACUUGAAGCAAAUCCAACUGAUUCUCAAUGGAACACAGUGUUCUCCCUCUCUGCAAUACUCCCCACCAUGUACUUCGUGUUUCUCCUAUUCGUGUUGGGUUUCGGAGGAUCUCAUCGGAUUCACCACCGCUCAACUCUGCUGGGAGAGUCCGAGCUUCUCAGGUUUGGAAUGAUUCGUCUGGAACUCUGUCCUCUACUUCGAAGCUAAGAAAUCGAUCUGGGUAUUGCGUUUCUGCGGUGGUUUCGAUGUCCGAUGGAGCGAGUUACGGUUCUUCCAGGGAGGAAAAGCGUCAAUCAGAGACUGGACUUUCUGUAACUCCUGUUUAUCAGCCAACACCUCCAAACAGAGAUCUUCGAACUCCUCACAGCGGGUACCACUUUGAUGGGAGUACCCGGGUAUUUUUUGAGGGUUGGUACUUUAAGGUCUCGAUUCCAGAACGGCGGCAAAGCUUCUGCUUUAUGUAUUCUGUGGAGAAUCCUGUAUUCCGUAAGAGACUUAGUACAGUGGAAGAAACACUUUAUGGACCUCGGUUUACCGGAGUUGGGGCUCAAAUUCUUGGUGCAGAUGAUAAGUAUAUUUGCCAAUACACCGACGAAUCUCAGUACUUUUGGGGAAGUAGACAUGAACUAAUUCUGGGAAAUACUUUUACUGCUGGUAAAGAUUUACCUCCUCCAAAUAGGGAAGUUGCUCCUGAGGAGUUCCAUGGACGAGUGAUAGAAGGUUUCCAAGUUAGUCCGCUUUGGAAUCAAGGAUUCAUUCGUGACGAUGGCAGAUCAGAUUACGUGCAGACAGUAAAGACAGCACGUUGGGAGUAUAGUACCCGUCCUGUUUAUGGCUGGGGUAAUGUUGGCUCCAAACAGAAGGCCACAGCAGGCUGGCUUGCAGCUUUCCCUGUAUUUGAACCCCAUUGGCAAGUAUGCAUGGCAGGUGGAUUGUCAACAGGUUGGAUAGAGUGGGAUGGGGAGCGAUUUGAAUUUGAAAAUGCACCGUCUUACUCCGAAAAGAACUGGGGUGGAGCCUUCCCAAGAAAAUGGUUCUGGGCUCAGUGUAAUGUUUUUCAAGGUGCAACUGGAGAAGUUGCUUUGACUGCAGCUGGUGGAUUGAGGGCACUACCUGGAUUGACCGAAAACUUUGAAAAUGCUGCGUUGAUCGGAGUUCACUAUGGUGGUACUUUUUAUGAAUUUGUGCCAUGGAAUGGUGUUGUUAAUUGGGAAAUUGCUCAAUGGGGUUAUUGGCACAUGUUUGCAGAGAAUCAAACCCAUAAGGUGGAGUUAGAGGCAACUACAAAAAAUCCUGGCACCACAUUAAGGGCUCCAUCAAAGGAAGCUGGGCUCACUCCAUAUUGUAAAGAUACCUGUGACGGUGAACUGAGAUUACAGUUGUGGGAAAGAAAAUAUGAUGGCAGUAAGGGAAAGAUUAUUCUGGAUGUUACAAGUGAUAUGGCGGCACUGGAAGUUGGUGGAGGACCAUGGUUCAACACAUGGAAAGGCCAGACGUCUACUCCGGAGCUCCUCAGCCAAGCGCUCAGAGUUCCCAUUGAUAUGGAGAGCAUUUUUGGGGGCGUUCCAAUUCUGAAGCCCCCUGGGCUCUAGACAAUUAGUUAAUGGCUGCUUAUUUAGCAUCGGUGGGUCUAAGGAGGGCGUGAGGGAUCUUGUCGAAAUUUACUCUUGGUUAGGGGAUAAAUGUACAAUGACUGAUGGCCUCAAAGUAUAAUUUGGAGCUGAAGAAGGAAAAGUUAGUUUUUAGAGUUGCCCAUGUUUAUUAUCUUUUGAUUUACUGAUGCACUGUGUGAGUGGAUGCAGGCCUGAAACAACAACCA